AUGAGACGUCGCGGGUACCAAAUAGCUCCGUCAAUGACAGAGUUUCCGUCAGUGGAGGAAACGCUUCAUCCGAACUACCCGUUUCUCAUGUCCUCACAUGGUCUCAAGUCCUUUGAUUCGCACGAAGACUCACUCUCAGACCUUGAUUCCGACAAUCAGUACCCUGUCAGCAUCAACACCGAGUUGCUUGUAGAUGCCAAAGACGUUUAUAUAGGAGAACUGAUCGGCGUAGGCUCUUCUUCAAAAGUCUACAGAGGAUUGUUCAAGAAAGUUAACCCCGUCUCAGUGAAGAUAUUCCAGCCUGAAAGAGCAUCUUCUGUUACCAUUGAGCAGAAGAAGAAGUUUCAGAGGGAGGUUAUGUUGCUCUCCAAGAUUCGACAUGAAAAUAUUGUCCAGGCAAUGCAUUUUAUUGGGGCCUGCAUAGAACCAAAGUUGAUGAUAAUUACUGAACUCAUGGAAGGCAAUACUCUUCACAAGUUUAUGUUGACUACUCGUCCAAACCCUCUUGAUCUCAAGCUCUCCAUUAGCUUUGCCUUGGAUAUUGCUCGUGGAAUGGAGUUCUUGAAUGCUAAUGGCAUCAUUCACCGUGAUUUGAAACCUAGGAAUAUGCUGUUAACAAGGGAUCAUAAACAUGUAAAGUUGGCUGAUUUUGGACUUGCUAGAGAGGAAACUAAAGGUUUCAUGACCUCUGAAGCUGGUACUUAUAGAUGGAUGGCUCCCGAGUUAUUCAGCUAUGAGGCGAAAGACUAUGAUCAUAAGGUGGAUGUUUACAGCUUCGCUAUUGUCUUUUGGGAGUUGCUUACCAACAAAACCCCAUUCAAAGGGAAGAACAACAUCUUUGUAGCUUAUGCUGCCUGUAAAAACCAGAGACCAAGUCUGGAUAAUCUUCCGAAAGGAGUUGGUUCUAUCCUUGAAGCAUGUUGGGCAGCGGAUCCUAAAGCUCGUCCUGAAUUCAAAGAGAUUACAGUUUCACUAGAAAAAUUGCUUAGAAGCUUAUGUUCAGAUGAUGAUGACGCUUCACCAAAUAGUAAUACCAGUGUAGCUACCGAGGAUUCAACAAGCAAGCUGGUUCAGGAACACGCUGUCUGCGACUGUCCUGGGCUGAAGAUGAUGAUGACCAAGAAGAAGAAAAAGGGAAAUAAAGUGGUGAACAUGGUGGUUCCGCUUCUAAAGAUGUUCAGAAACUGUUUGUCCAAGUGA